AUGUAUGAGCCUGGAUUGCACACCAUCUACGGCGACUCGGAGACAAGUAGUGGCCUUCAAUCCCUCGAGCCGGAGAUUGAUGUUGUAGCUGUUCAUGGCCUCAACUUCAAGGGCAACCCAAACCAUGCGCGGGCCACAUGGCACUCCCAAGGAUCGGUCUGGAUCCGAGACUUUCUCCCCCAGAAGAUCGGGAGGCCGUGCCGCGUCAUGUUGUUUGCGUAUAAUUCCAGUCCGGCCAAAGCGGCGGCAGCGAUGCGCCUGGACGAGCACGCACGGAUGCUGUUGACAUGUCUGAAAGACAAAAGAAAGGACACGCCACUCAGGCCAAUCGUGUUUCUCUGCCAUAGUCUAGGCGGCAUAGUUGUCAAGUCUGCGCUGGUUGAAGGAACUCUUGAUCCAGCUUAUGGAUCCAUCGUCAGGGCCACCAGGCUCCUCGUCUUCUUCGCGACACCUCACUUGGGGGGAAAUUACAGUGGCAUCGGAGACAUUGCCGCCAAGAUUGUCAGGACGGGACUCGGUACGCCUAGCAAUGACUUAUUAGAUGGGUUGAAGGCGGGCUCGCGCGACGUGAUACGACGGUUUGAACAGGCGCGUCAUCUGCCUGCCAACUGUUUAGUUAUUAGUUUUUAUGAGACGGAGAAUUACGGCAGGUUUGGACUGAUUGUCAAAAAAGAGUCUGCGGUUCUAAGCCUAUCAGAAGACCGAGAGAGAAAGGUAGCUCUCAAAGCCAACCACAGCAAAAUCUGCAAGUUUCCAACGGCAGAGAGUUGCGAGUCGGUGAUGGAGAUGAUUGUCUCGGAUCUUGAAAGAGCUCUGGAAUUACAAAGAGCAAUGGAACCAGAACCUGUGAACGUCCACUGGACGGUGAAACAGCGUCCCAGCGCUUUAUUCACUGGAAGAGAUGAAAUAGUCCAAACCAUCAUCGACGCCAUAGAUCCCAGGGCCACUGACUCUAAAACUUUGGACAAAAUGUUCGUCAUCACGGGCAUGGGGGGUCAGGGCAAAAGCGAAGUGUGCUUGAACGUUGCGAAUAAGCUUCGAAAUCAAUUCUGGGGCGUGUUUUGGGUGGAUGUAGCCACUGCGGCCACGGCUGCUAGAGGUUUUGCCAUGAUUGCCCAUGCUCUUAGAACGGAGAGUGCUGGUGUUGAAGACGUACGCUAUCUUCUUGCGAAUUGGCCUGCGGAUGAGCCUUGGCUUCUCAUCUUGGACAAUGCCGAUGACAGCUCAAUCAACUAUGCAGACUACAUUCCGUCUGGGGAGAGAGGAACUGUGUUGAUGACAUCUCGGCUUCCAGAAUGCGCCGUUUAUAAGACACUCGGACACAUAGAACUCGGAAACCUCAGCAAGGAGCAUUGUAUCGAGCUACUCCUGAAUUCAAUGUCAGUCCCCGAGCCAUUGCGUGCCGAGUCCGCUGCAUCUGCAGAAGCCAUCGCCGAAGAGAUGGGAUUCCAUACACUUGCCAUCUUACAAGCAGGCGCCUACAUCUCUUCAACGGGCAUAUCCAUGGAAAAGUAUUUGACCGAUUAUCGGGAACAAGGGGACAAGCUGCUCAAGUUUAUCCCUUCUCAGGCACAGUCAAGAUACCGCAACGUUUGGACGACUUUCGAAAUCUCGGUCCAGGCGUUAAAGUCUUCAGACAAGCAAUCUGCGCAUGAUGCUUUGCAACUUUUGGAACUUCUUUCAACCCUUCAUUAUGAUGAUGUUCCCGUGGAUUUCUUCCAAGAUGCAUGGCGAGGGGCCAGAAAAGCUCAGAGUAUCCCAGAAGACGACGAAAAACUCGAUAAUCUUUCACAGUGGCAUGUCGCACAACUUCCCGCGUGGGUUGAUGCCCAGAAAGACAAGUGGGAUGAGGCUCGAUUGGAUGAGGCCCUCAAUGAACUCGUUUCUUUAGCUCUCGUCAAGAGAUCAACCGCGGGAAGCGAUGCAACAGUCUCAUUGCACCCACUUAUUCAUAGCUGGGUAGCUAUUCGCCAAGAUGAAACUCAUCGAAGUUCAAGUAUUCAGUCUUCUGCUUGUAUAAUUGCGCUCACUCAGUUCUCCCAAUCAAAAUGGCAGUCCCAUAUCGAGAGACUCGGGCCUCACAUUACGGCUUUGGUUGCAGCGCCUUCUUUGGCUAUUAACAAGCAGACUUCUACAAAGAUACUUCAAGUGCUCCUCCAGAUCAGCAUAUCUCUACGAUGUAUGAGAUGUGACACUGAAGUAUCGACUCUUCUUGAACAAAUGCUACGAUAUUUCGACGCCAGUCCGGAUAAUCCAAGGAGCGACCUACUUCCCCUAUUUUAUGUGCUCUCACGCAACCAAUUUGAUCUCGGAGAAAUAGACCAGUGUAUAAAGACAAUCCAACAAGUCCGAAAACUUCAGCAGUCAAUUCUUCAUGAGCAUGACCCAAACAGUCUCAGGACGGAUCAGGAACUUGCGCGAGCCUACAACGUCAACGGCCAGUGGAAAGAAGCGAUAGUCACUCUUGAGCAUAUCCGUCAAAUCCAUGAGCUGCAAAUGAAUCUAAACGAAGAUGACCCUGAUAGACUGGCUGUGCUACAUCUACUUGGCGAAGCCUAUGAAUCAAGCGGGCGAACACAAGAAGCCAUACCGCUACUUACAGAAGUUGUGUCCAUCGAAGGGAUUAGCAGAGAGAAGGGCGAUCCCGUUCUAUUCGGCUCAAAGUACAAGCUUGCGACAUGCUACUUGUCCAACUGUCAAAUCGAUGAAGCAAUUGCGAUAUUCAAGGAGCUCGAUGAAAUGCAAGCCGCAAACUUCUCCGACCGUCAUCCGUAUCGACUCGGCCCUCAGAUCGGGCUGGCCAAAGCCCACAUUGAGAAUGGAAAAUCGAGAGAAGCAAUCGAGAUUCUGGAAAACGUAAAGAAUACGCAAAACAGGUUACUGGAAUCAGGACAUUCAUCGCGCCCAAUCAUCGAGAAUCAUCUUGGUGCUGCUUAUCGACAGAACGGCGAGCCUCAAAAGGCCAUCGCAUCCCUGAAGGCAGCUCUGAAACUAUCGAAAUAUCGCCAAAAUCACCCUCAUCGGAUAGCUAUCCAUUGUGAGCUUGCAGCAGCCUAUCGCGCGAAUGGCCAGAUUACCGAUGCCAUUGAACUGCUAGAGAAACUGGGAAAGCUUGAGGAUAGCCAUACUUCUCUAAGCAGUGAAUAUCCAAUCUUGAUCAAAGUACAAGCCGAUCUGGCAUCGCUGUACUUAUUAGAUAGUCAAUGGGAGAGGGGGAUGGCUCUUUUACGAAACACCAUCGACCUCCAGAAAGACUCCGACGAGAGCCACCCAAACCUGUUGGCUUUGCAGCAAAAACUCGGAACCGCUCAUCUCGACAACGGCGAAGUCCAAAAGGCAGUCCACAUUCUCGAAGAAUUGGUACAGAAUCCACAUCCCCAUCAACUGCCCCUCAACCGCCUCUUUUCUCAGCAUGAGCUGGGCAGGGCAUAUCUCGCCGACGGUCAGGUCAAAGCGGCAAUCAAGGCGUUGGACAAAGUGGUCAAAGAAAAGGAACGACUUUUCCAUGAAGAGCACCCCGAGAGACUUGCUUCGCUUCACGAACUGGCCAGGGCCUACCUCAGCGACGGUCAGGUCGACAAGGGGAUCGAGAUUUGUGAGGAAAUCGUUUUGAUACAAUCGUCGAGAUUGAGUGCGGAUCAUCCUGAUCAGUUGAAAUCACAACGUCUCCUGGGAUCCGCCUAUCUUGACAACGGCCAAACCACAGAAGCGGUAAAGGUAUUGACAGAGGUCGAUGGUUUGGAGAAGCAAAGGGUUGGUGAAAGCCAUCCUUAUAACCUGACAUCGCAGCAUCAGCUUGGCGCCGCGUAUCUAAAAGCAGGUCAACUUGAUGAAGCAGCAAAGAUCUUUGAGAACGCUACUAAGAUGGCAGAAGAGACGCUCCGGGAAGAUCACCCAACACGGAUUGCAAUACGCUAUCAGCUUGCUUGCGUAUAUAUGCAGAAUGACCAGGUGGACAAUAGCAUUCUUAUUCUCGAGGAAGUAGCCAAUCCCCAGGACAUAUCUGACGCAACAAGGGCUCUGCCCAGCCGAGUCGCCGCGUUGCAUCAGCUUGGUUUAUCAUACACAAAGAGCGGUCGAGUACCCGAAGCAGCAGCAGUUCUGGAAGAAGCCGUCGAGAUACGGAGCAGCCUCGACGAAGGCCACCCCAACAGAUUAGCAUCUCAGUAUGAGCUCGGAAGCUGUUACUUGUCCCUCAGGAGACUGGACGACGCAGUCAGAGUCCUUAAAGAGGUCGUCCGAGUUGAAACUUUGACGCAGGGCCGCAGCAUUUCCCUGGCCAUGACUCUAGCAAAACUAGGAUCCGCCUAUCUGAUGCAAGGUAAAGCAAAAGAAGCCUUGGAAGCACUCACAUCCGCAUGCGCCAUACGGAGGAGUCGCCUCGAACCAGACGACGUUUCACGUCUCGCAUCAGAACACGACCUCGGGCUGGCAUACCUUGAAACCGGCAACGAAAAGAAGGGGAUAUCUACACUGGAGGAACUACUAGCAGUGGAAAGGCAAUGCCUUGAGCAGAACCAUCCGCUGCGCUUGAAGACGCAGUAUGAGCUCGGGUGCGCUUAUUUGGAUGCUGGGAAGCUGGAAAAGGGCAUUCAGCUUCUGGAGAAUGUGAUUUCUAUCAAGAAAUGGCAUCCUGAAGAAGAUACGUAUCCGACGAUGAAUGAGGUUCGAAGUGAGCUGGCCAAGGCGUAUAAAGAGAGGAGCUUUUUAUAUCGACUCUUGGGAGUCUUCGGGUUGAAUGCUUGUUUAGACAGGCAAUGA